UUUAUAGUAUAAUUACUAAUUUGUCUAGGUAUCUUUCAGAGAAUAUAUUUGUCAUCACUUGUUGCGAAGCUAAGUAUCUCUGUGGUAUAUUUUCUGUGUAGAAUGAUUAGUAGUAUCCUCAAGCAGACAAACAUAUGUGCUGUUCACAAUUUAUGAAUUGAGUGAGAACAAAUCCUUUACGAGGCCACUUUACUUCAGUUUUUAAAAUUUCAAUGUCAAUAACUCUGUUUACAAUCAUACUUAAGAUGCUAAUUUGGUCAGUUUAUAUGUACUAGGUCAUGCAAAACACAUGAAUAAGAAUUGAUAAUACUACCCAGUUGUUCAGUCUGAAGCAGUAGGAGCGGGUUUCGAACUCUGGACUCACUGACUGAAAGUGGUACUGUAGCCAAUGAGCAUCAUCUACUAAAUGUGGAAGUAAAUCAAAUUAAUAAAUUACAAUUCAGCGCCUGAGAUGUGUCUAAUUGUAGACAAUAUGGUGUAUGUUAUGAUUGACUUACUGCAUUUGCACACCUUACAUCACCAAUCUCUAUCUUGCUUGCGUGUCUAACACAUUGAUGUGUCAUAAAACUCUUCCAGUUGUAACCAAUCGGUUUGUAGUUAUACACUUGUGAAUAUUAAUGAGGUUAAAUUAUUCACCUUGUUGCAUACUAAGUAUUCAGAUUUGUUUUCACUACUUUUCUCAUGUUUCGGCAAUCAACAGAUAACAGUUCAGGUGUUUCUCUGUCAAGUGUUCAAUCGAGAACAUCCACACUAACUAGUCACUCAAAUAAGAAAAACAAAUUACCUUAUCGUAUUUUCGGUAGUGUUCAAAAAUGGGCUUUUAAAUCUUCCAGUCAAAAAACGUCUCAUACAUCAAGUAUUUCUUCACUAAAUUCAUCUCGAUUAUUAAAUGAUGACGACUUGAAUCAGACCUGUGAUUUAGCAUCUUUCACUAUAUCUGAGCGCGGAGAAAGCAUUGUAUCUGAAGUCAUUCGUAACAGAAAAGAACUGGAAUCGUUGGUUUGUACCCAUUCUGAUAUGCGCAGUCAGGAAGAAGCAUCUCUAGAUGCAGGUGUUGUUCAUUGUUAUAUAUCUGCUUUAGAAAUGGCGGAGUUGGAAAUGCGUAGUCAUGCCCCUGUAGAUCCUAGUUCAAAAUCACAAAUGGGACAGGUUAAUCAUUCGAAAAACAGUUUAGGUCGUAUACUAAGUGUUCGUAAUCCAUAUAGGAGAAUGCGAUUACUGAGCAAUGUGCCCUGUGUUUUGAUGGCCAAUAAAAAUAUGUUGAAUUCGCAGAAUAUUGAAGAAGAUGCAAGGCUUGGAUUUGCCAAUUUACCUGAACAAAUGCAUAGAAAAGCUGUUAAAAAGGGUUUUAAUUUUACGCUAAUGGUCGUCGGUGAAAGUGGUCUUGGCAAAUCAACGCUGAUUAAUAGCUUAUUUGUUCAAGAUUUAUACAAAGAUAGAGAGAUCAUUGAAGCGAACAGUCGUAUUCAAAGAACAACUCAGAUUGAAAAGCGUCAGAUCGAAUUGGAUGAACGUGGUGUCAAAUUACGUCUCACAGUUGUGGAUACUCCUGGUUUUGGAGAUGCUGUAAAUCGCACUGACUGUUGGAAACCAAUAGAGGAUUACAUAGAUAGCACUUUUGAACAAUAUUUCAAGGAUGAAUGUGGCUUGAAUCGUAAAAAUAUUCACGAUCAUCGUGUUCACUGUUGUCUUUAUUUCAUCUCACCUUAUGGUCAUGGCUUACGGCCUAUAGAUGUGGAAUUCAUGCGUCGACUUCAACAUAAAGUGAAUAUUGUCCCGGUGAUAGCUAAAGCCGAUGCUUUAACUGCAAAUGAAUUACGUGCAUUCAAAGAACGCAUUAUGGCAGAUUUUGAUCGUUACAAAAUUGAUAUUUAUCGUCUACCAGAGUGUGAUAGUGAUGAAGAAGAUGAAAUUAAACGCUUAGAUAAAGAAAUUAAGGCUGUUCUGCCUUUUGCUGUAGUUGGCAGUAACUGUGUUAUUGACUUGGAUGGUAGUCGACGAAGCCGUGGUAGGCAAUAUCCUUGGGGAUCGGUGGAAGUAGAAAAUAGUCGUCAUUGUGACUUUAGCAAAUUGCGCAUAUUUUUACUGAAAACACAUAUGCAGGAUUUAAAGGACAUGACAUUGGAUGUUCACUAUGAAAAUUAUCGAGCGAAAUAUAUCACUGAACGAAUGUCCAAACGCCACAACGAUCGUCGUGAUGGUGCUGUCACUGGAGCAUUAGCAAGACUGGAAAAAGAAGGUGGUGCUAGCUUUGAGGCUAUCGUUGAUCAAGACAGUUUAUUAAAACAAAAAGAAGAAGAGCUUCAAAGGAUGCAACAACUUAUGAAUAAAAUGCAAGAGCAAUUGAAACGCAACACAAACAUUGCUUUGAAUGCAACAGCCGGGAUAAAUAAUGGUACAAAUAGCAUUCAGCCUUCUGCAGCUAAUCCACAAGCAUCAUGA